AACACGCAGCACCUUACAAUUCGGGGUUUGUUCUGCUUUAACUUAACCGUUCCGGAUUCUCUCUACUCUUCCAGAGGGCAAAACGCAAACACAAUCCAACCCACCUUUACAGAAACUGCGCCCGGAAAAUUUCAGGUCACAAUAAUACUACAACAUUUCGAAUCUUUAUUUUUCUGUUUCCAAUUUAAAUCCGUUACUCUCGCAGGACAUCGCUGCCCCCUCGAUCCAAUUCACAUGCAAUCAACUCAAUCGCAGCGGAUAUUAUAACACACCAUGUGGAUCCUCCCGCUCGUUGGCUACGCGGGGAUAGUCCUGGGCUUUUGCUUUCUGACAUUAGCAAUUGCUUCUGGACUAUACUACCUCUCGGAGCUGGUGGAAGAGCAUACCGUACUUGCCAAGAAACUGCUCACGCGGCUGAUAUACACCAUAAUUGGGAUCCAAGUCUUCCUGUGGCUGGUUGACCGCUUCCCGUUUUUCCUUUCCUUGCUCAGCAUCGUCAGCCACGUCGUGUAUGCUGGCAAUCUGCGCCGCUUUCCAUACGUCAAAUUGUCCGACCCGCUCUUUUUGCUCUCAUGCCUCCUAGUCAUCUUCAACCACUUCGCCUGGUUUCGCCACUUCUCCCAACCGCCCACUCUUCCGCCCGCGGGACGCCCGUCUGCUCUCGAACCGCUUGACGUUCCCUCCUUUUCGGAAAUUGCUUCAUACUUUGGUCUCUGCGUCUGGCUCGUGCCUUUUGCGCUCUUCGUCUCACUCAGCGCGGGCGAAAACGUCUUGCCCAGCAUGGGCUCAGAGUACGCGACGGGCGACACGAGCGCGUCGGCCGCUGCAUCUGCUGCAGGAACCGGCCCCGCGAGUGCGCUCGGCGACCCCACGGGCGCACGAUCAGCAGGAGGAGAGCGAUCAAAGAGUAAAGGACUGGCCAAGGCCGCGGUCGAUGGCGUUCGGGAAUGGGUUGGCGAAACGGGCGAAUUAAUGGGCUUUUGGCGCGGCGAGAAAUCCAGAAGGUUUUGAUUUUUUCCCCCGUAUUUACUUUAGUUCCUCUUUGUAUUUUUUAUAUAAUUUUUCUUAUCCUAUGAACUCUUUCACGUCAUUAGGUUGCAAAUGAGCUUGUUCAUUCAUAUCACUUCCUUUUGUGAUUAUUUUUUUUAUUUUCAUGUCCGUAACAUGUCAUUGCAAUGCUACUGUUACUGUUAACAUACUAUUACUAUGCUGCAUGAAUCCUGGCCCAUUUUUGCAUUCUUUC